AUGGGCUCCACUCAACCUGAAUUCAAGAACCAGGCCACUGCCUCUCUUCUGGAGUUGGUCAAGUCCCGCCGCACCUACUACGGCCUUAAGGCCGAGAGCCCUAUCUCCGAUGAUGCCAUCGAGAGCAUCGUCCGUGACUCUGUUCUCCACGUGCCCAGCUCUUUCAACACUCAGACCUCCCGUGUUGUUCUUCUGUUGAAGGAAGAGCACCAGAAGGUGUGGGACAUUGCUCUCAACGCCCUGGAGGCCCUCGUUGUCGCUGGCCACGUUCCCCGCGAUCAGUUCGAGUCCUCCACCAAGCCCAAGCUGAACGCUUUCCGCGCUGCUUACGGAACCGUUCUCUUCUUCGUUGACUUUGAGUCUCUCGCUCCCAUCAAGGAGAAGUUCGCUAUUUACGCCGACAAGUUCGAUCCCUUUGCCACUGAGUCCAACGCCAUGUCCCAGUACCUCGUCUGGGUCGCUCUUCAGUCCGAGGGUCUCGGUGCUAACCUCCAGCACUACAGCCCUCUGAUCGAUGCCGAGGUUGCCAAGACCUGGAACAUCCCUGCCUCAUGGAAGUUGGACGCCCAGCUGGUCUUUGGUGUCCCUACUUCCGAGCCCGGCGAGAAGCAAUUUGCUCCCAUUGAGGACCGCUUCAAGGUUUUCGGUAAAUAA